GGCGGCAAUGAGCGGCUCAGUUUGAAAACAAAACGUCAGGCGAGGAAUACUACAAAUUCAUCUGGACGAAGACAUGUCGACAAACGAUGCCUUACAUUAUGUUGAUCUGGAGAACGCAGGAGAGGCGCUCAUCGAGCUCAUUGAGAGCAGUAAAGCUGAAAAUGCGCUGAGGGCAGCGAGAAAUAAACAGCAAGCACUGUUUGACCACCACAUGGAGGCGAAGAGAACAGUCACUCAGCUCUUAAAUAGCCUGGUGCAUUCCGAAGAACUGGUUGGCCAGAAGCUCCUGGAUCUGGAGAGUCAGAAGAACCGGAUGAUGCGGGAUCUGGAGAGCGUGGAGCAGGAGGUGCAGCAGAGUCUGGCCAAAAGUCACAUUCUGGAUUCAGAGAUACAAUUCCUGCAGAGAGAGCUGGAGAAGCUAAGGGAGAAUGAGCAGGAAAUUCAGGCUCUGCAACAGGAAGUAGAUGAGGACACUACUGAAGUCAUUCCAUCAGCCAUAUACUUGGCUCAGCUCUACUUUAAGGUUACCAAAAUCAAGCUGGAGUUGGACACGGAGCCACACAUAUUGAGGGGAGCCCACUAUGGUACAGAUCUGGCAACCCCCAUAAACAUAGACACAUCCAGCCGAUCUCCCUGUGAGGUCAGUAAUGAGCUGUGGAGCCUUGUCAGCACAGACUGGUAGAAUUCCAUUGGACCAUGGGAUAGUCCUUUGUAAAUUUUCUCUUUAUUCCACCAUUUAGUACUGUUCUAUUCUCAUUUGUGUGUGUGUGUUUUUUUUUAAUAAAUUUUGUAUAAUAACCUAAAACCUACUGUACUAAGUUCAAAUAUAUGUUUUGUUGACUGUUA